AUGGGGUCGUGCUGCUGCGUGAGUGACUCCGCCGACGACGCAGAGGCGACCGUGCCACUGCCCCCACGCAAGACCAAUAUUACAGCGCAGUUGCCAAGCUCUGCCUAUCCUUCCCUCAGCAAGCCAACUGUUGAUCUGACCCCAGAAAGCCCUCCCGGACCGGUUAAGCGCAGCCUCUCCACCAUCUCUGUUCUGCGUAUGAAUGACACGAAGGAGGCAUCAAGGACUGCAACUCCGGCUGCGAGACCUGACGCCAUCAAGCAGCACCACACAACCUCGUUCUCCAGCAGCACCCCCGCAGCAGGUCCGCCUGCUGCGCAGACACACCGUAAUAUGCUGACCUCGUCUCCGUUGCGACUCUCUCCGACGCUACGCGUGGUAGGAGAGAAUGAGCCAAGUGAUAACGUGGACGCGGUCGUCUUCAGUAACCCGGAGCCGAUGUCCACGAAGAAAAGCACCCCUUGCGCCACAGAGGAGAUCCACCAGAUAAUGCCUACUGCGCAUCGAUCAGAGAGUGAGACGGCGAAGCAGCUGCUGGUAGCUGCCGCUGUGCCGACACCAUCUUCUGCAGAUGUGACCCCUGAACGUGCCACAGAUCCGACGGCGAUACCGCGCGAAGAGGAGGGUCGCACCCGCGGGCCAAGCACGGCUCAGGUGGACGAGGUACCACCAACGCCAAAGGAGGAGAGCAGCAAGGCGCUACCGGCCGAUGAUGCUCGAGUGCUGCAGCGUGCACCACCACCGCCACCACCUCCCGCCUCCGUUUCACCUGUUACUCCGUUGGAGGCGGACCAGGACGGCGAGAAGCACAGCGUCGGCGAGGUGUACCAAGCCCACCAAGAAGCAACGAACAGCGCGACGCGGAAGGACUCAGUGACAGUGGCCGACGAAGAUGAGGAGGGAGCUGAGGGGCAGCAAGAGUCGAACCCGCUAGCUGACAUUAUACGCACUUGGCAGGAGAACCAGAAGCACCACCCCACCACGCUUUCCAUUGAAGCCGCUGAGGACGCACCGCUGGAGAUCAACAGGGACAAGGUUAAUUCACCGUUGGCUGUAGCAACCGAAGCACACACCAAGGGGAAGCCAAGCCGCCCCUCGCCACUGCCACCGUCGGAGAGCGUUAAUGGUGUGAAUCUCAAUGAUAGCGAUGACGACGUCAAAGCAACGCCGAAGGCAUCCAUGGCCACUACUGUUGCCACAGAACAGGUGGACGGUCCCACGUCUGACCCAGUGUACAACAAUCUGCCGCAGCAUCAGUGGUCGGCGUUAGCGAAGAGCGGGGAGCUGCAUGGCAUUCUAUCGAACAAGAGAGAUAGCCACACUAACCUGACCACAUCCGAACAGAAGCCGAAUGCAGCAGAGAGCUCCUAUGCCGAUGAAACUCAACUAACGCAGCAGGCUUGCUCCAUCAUGGAGCUCUCGCAGAUGGAACCCAUCAGCUGGAGUAAGGAACGUCUGCCGGAAGGCACACCGCUGCAGGGGAAAAACUCGCAUGAGGCGGACGUGUCUCCGUCCCUGUACCAUCCGCGACGCCUGGGCACAGAUGUGCCGGGGCGAACGAAGUGCGCAGCUUCGUCUGAAGUCACCGGCAAGAUCAGCGCCGCUGCCGCAUUCUCUGACUUGUUCUCAGGGGAGACAAGAGUGGAAGAGCAGGGCGUAGCGAGCGGCCACGGCGAUGACGCAGAGAAGCCAAUCAUAUUCACCGCCGCCAGCGAGAUAGGGCGCGAACUCGAGGCGGUGGAGGUGAAGAGCAACAAUGUCGAAGGCACACCGACCAUGGACAAGGACCCCGUGCAUACAACAGGAAACACAGAUGUGGUGGACAAGCCGCAGUCUCUUGUGGGAACCCCGGUGCCGUCGGUCGCGCUGGGAGCAUCGAUAGGGACCGCCGACCAACCCAUAGCCAGUCCAGAGCAGCAUGCAACCUCCGCACUUCAGGCUGCCGAGAACUCCGCCUCCGGCGACGCUGAGGCGCCGCAUUGCAAGCCUCCUCUGAUUCUCGGCCACGGUAGCAAUGAGGCUCGUGCCACACCGCCGCCCUCACGGCCUGCGCCGCCGAGCAUAAUGUCCCCUUCGCCUGCAUGA